GCCAUCUUUCGCACGGACGUUUGUGCUCUCGCCCGGCAGAGCCGUGGCUCGAGAUGUCGCCGGCGUCCUGAUCCGUGGAUCAGAAUUCAUGCUUUCCAGUUACGCCGGCAGCGGGUGCAGUUAAUGCGGGUGCCGACAGCUAUCUCCUACCUCCAGUCCUUGGAUCUUGGAUUCUUAAGAGCUGUGAAGCGGUCGAGAUAACUCCUGUGACAAAGCGAUCGAUUGCCCGAUCCGGCGAGUAUGGAGUUCUUGAUGCAGUCUGCCCACAAAAUGCGGAAGCAGCAGAACUCUGCUAGAGGUCAACGAGAACAACAUCCCCACGAGUCCUCUUCAGUACCCUGUGAGGAUGCCUCCGGCCGUUGCGUUGCCGACGCACAGAUUUGUGCUGCUGAGGCUGCUCCAGUGGCAGGCAGUGGAGACAAGCGUCAGGGUUCAGAGAACUCCAUAGAGCAUGUUGACCCGAAAACUCCUGGCUGGAUAAAAGGAUUAAGAACUUUUCUGUGGAUCCCCUGCCUGCAUGAAUUUCGAGACACAAGCUCGGGGUUGGUGCUUCAUGAAAUGUUCAGAUAUAAAACGCCGGACAAAGUUGCCAAGUCCUUCUGUGCGACCUUGAGAUUCAAAUUUUGAUCAGUGGAUCAAUUUGGUUUCUUCAUCAGUGGAUCUGGAGAGACCAGCUCUGAAGACUGCUCGCUAGGCGGGGUGCUCUCGUUAUACGUAAGUCUGACUUUAGUCUUGCCAGCUAACACCUCUACCUCUUUAUCUUUAGACGCCCAUGAUUUGCACAUCUCAGGCAGAUGGAGCUUCAGAGGCGUCAGUGAAUCAAGGGGCACAGUCUGAGCCAAGCGAGUCUAACUCUUCAGUGGUUUCAUCGCUGUCAGAUAAUCAAGGGCCACGCCUGAGUUCGCUUCCACGUGUUAAUGAUGAGAUAGUCUUGCUGAUUGGCUGUCGUACAUGCAUUGUUAUGUUAGGGCGUUGGGAUUAUGCUUGCAUGCAUGGAUUUAUUAAGGGAAAAGCGUUGUUGCCCACUCAGCGGCUGGUCCUACUGUAGCAUGCAGAAAGUCAUGCAAGCUCAUGCAUGCACAAAUUAGACCGUGUAAACGCAUAGGAUGUUCACUGUUCAUGCAAGGUGCCGGCGUUAGUCUAGAAUCUGUGUCGAUGCGGCUCAGAUCGUCUGCCUCCUCCUGAUCCACGUCGGGCAUGCCUGACGGCGUAACAAGAGGUGCAUCCGCCUAGUGGGCCAUGGGCUGUAAUAAAAAAUCAAGUACUUAAAUUGGAGCUAGACCCAUACAUCCGGCGGUGUGCAUCACGAGAGAACCAUGCGGUACAGAUAACAGGAUCGCUCGGGAUCACAAUAGUACUUUCGUUUCUUCCAGCCUCUGUGAAGAAAUACCCAUCAUGC